AGCACAACAGAAAUUUGAGUUCCGUGUCUGGGGUGAUGCAAGACAAAACCACGCUAUGCGGGGAAACUGGCAGUUGCAGACAGAGGGCAGCCCAAGAAUAAAACUCCCUGGGAAUUAACCAAAAAUUCCAGGGACAACGCCAGAUUUUUAAAAGCUAUGAAACUGAGGGAGCGCAAGUAGAGAUCUCAAAGGAAGCAGGUAUUAUCAGAGUUCCUGGGGAACAAAGGUCGAUCUCCAGGGGAGGAGGGUGGUCCUGGAGGUGCCGGAGGGUUGGGGGAGGGAGCUGCAGGCUGGAUGAUGGGGAGGGGCCGUGGUCCAGCUACUUCUGUCCCCUCCCUGCCCUCAGGGGCCCUUUGUGACCAGGCCACAGCUCUGUGAUGUGGUGUGAUGUGAUGUGAUGUGAGCCUGAGGCUUUUGUCCCCAAGUACAAGGUCAGUGCUCAGUUGCACGAGGACAGUAGUGGGAUCAGGCACUAACGCUUCGAGUAAGGAGAUGGAGAAUAUUCUCUUCGCUCUGAGAAGCAUUAGCGCUGAUUGGCUGAGCUCCAGCCUCCCCUCCUGGACAACCCAGACCAUCUUCUGCUUCCUGUGUGGACUGUCCUUCUUCCUCCUGUUGAUCUCCUGCUUCCAGACGGACCCAACAUCCUCAGCACCACGAAGGAAACGCAGAAGCAGCAGAAAGCAGGUGGCGCCACGGCGAAGGAGCACCAGAGGCAAGAACAGCGAGAUCCUGAAAGCUUACAGAACCUGCCUGCAGGAGCUGGAAGCGGUUCGGGACCUGGUUUCCCUUCUGCAGAGCCACUUGGGGUGGCUCUCUGACCAGGGAGGCGGCCUUCAGCAGCUCUUGGGGCAAGAAGCCCCUGGGGCCAAGGGCAAAGCAGCACCUGCCGGAGCCCAUCAGCCCCGCGGGGAGCCCGUGAGAGAUGCCGCGCCCGCCACGGCCCCGUCGGCGUCCCCCGCUCCUCUGGCCUCCACGCUGUCACCAACCCCAACGACCUCCUCGGUGUCUGUUCGUUCGAACUCCUCCCUGAGUGCUCCUUGGCCACCAGGGUCUUGCCUUCCCCUGGGUGGCUUUUCACCCCAGCCCCUUGCUCUUUCCCCUUCCCCGCCCCGUCUCCCUUCUCCGGAGGCCAGCCCUCCACCUCGGCCAGACUCCGCUUUAGCUCUCCCUCAGUGCAAUUCCAUGGCACGCCCGCUGGACACCGUCCCACGGAGCCCGUCUCCACACACCCCCUGGGUCGCCUCUGCCAUCCCAGCCAUCUCGGGCCUGGGCCUCUCAAGCUGUCCCAUUUCGGCCCUGUCUUGGUGGCAGGCAGCCGCCAAAGCCUGGCACCCCCCCACCUCAACACGCUUGGAAUCCUGGCAAGAGCCUCAUUCCCACCAGCACCCGGAGGCCUCGUUCUGGGGAGGCCCCGGGAACAGACAGGCGGAGGCCGGCGUCCUCUCUUUCAUCGGUCCUGAUGUCCAGAAGCUGCUGGAGAUUCUCAUCACCAAGAAAACAGAGCUGAGGUUUUGGAAGGAGAAGGAAAAGAAGGAAGAGUCAGGCUACCACGUGAACUCUCUGGGGAGUACGUUCACGUCACCGCGGGGCGGGCGGGACGCCGUGGGUUACCGAUCCUUCCGGAGCAUGAAAGGCGAGCCACAACAGCUGCUCGGCCCUGAGCAGCCUCCGCAUCCCAAGAUUUCGGGGGACAAUUUGCGGCUGAAAUGCAGCCAGCUCUUCUGGGGUCUCCCCAUUCUGCACAGUGAGUCCCUGGUGGCCACUGUCAGUGUGACUGGUCCCCCACUGGAGUCACCCUCUGUCGUUUUCAAUGAUCUCUCUCAUGCCUUACCAUCCCAAAUUCAGGCUGGCGUAGCUUCUCGUCUGUCACUGGAGCAGCCCUUCGCUCACCCUGUGGCUGAGCCCCAAGCCUUGACCCCAAGUUUGUCCCAGUCCCAGCCCCCGCCUCCGGCUCAGGUCGAGGCCCGGGCCCACCUUGCACCCUCUGUCCCAGUGGGGCCACCUUCUCUCCCACCUCAGAUGGCCGGUGAGACAUCGGACCCUCCCAUCCAGAAUAACAUGCCAUCGUUCAUCCCAAAUGCAAUUCAAAACCUGGAGUGUCACUUUUUGAAGAAGCAACUAGAAAGGAACAGGACUCUACCCUCUGUGGUGAAACGAUCUCAGGAAGUCUUCAGCCGGGUCCUUCCCGACUUCCCCCAGGACAGCCCGGCCUCCCAGGCCCACGGGCCAGUCUCCGUCCUCCCCUUCCCCUCCGGGGACUUGACCAGCCCCGAGCUCCAGGACCAUCUGGAACCACAUCUUGGGAAGAGGUCCACGAAGCAGCAAGGUGGCGGGCCCCGCAGGAUCCAACCAUCCGUGGAGCUGGGCCAGCCUCAGGGCGAGCCCCCGAAGGUGCCACAGGCACAGAGCGGAAGCCUCCAGGCUGCCCAGGAGACCAGGUGGAGGGGCCCAGCGCGGACCACGCCAGGAGAAAACCUGGGCAAGGAUGCAGGGCCUAGUGUGGGGAGGGGCCGGAGAGAUCUACACGGGAGCUUGAUCAGCUCUUCAUCGAAGGUUUCAGGAAUAAACUCUGAGGGAUCACACACAGGCUUGAUGAAGACGAGCGGCCCAGGCCAGAAUCAUCCAGAACAGCUCCUGAGAGCCCAUUUGGGCAGGAAACUGGGGCAGAUCACAGAGGGCCAGAUCCCUGUGAGUGUUCAUGAUUCCAGGCUUGCUGCCAGCCAUGGCCCGGACCCUCCUGGAAAGCCCAGCGCUCACAGGGAAACGGGAACUCCCGCAUUUUCCAAGCACCCGGAGCCCCGCGUGAACAGCCCCCACGAUUUCUCCAUCCUCAGUCCGUACACUCAGCAGAUGCUGGAAGCACAUAUCAUAAGGUUUCGGGUGAGGCACAGAUGGGGUCUGCCCCUCAAGGUCCUCAAGCCUCUAAAUUUAUUUAAGCUGCAAAAGAGCUCAAUCUUUCCACCACCCUCCACUCCCUGCUCGGCCACCCGUCCACCUAAGGCCAGGGUGGAAGCCAAGUUCUUGGAAAAACCUCCUGAGCCCCAUCAAGGAGAGAAGGUGAUAACGGAAGAGUCCAUUCUCACCCUGGGGAGUCCCCUCCUUGACCCCCAGCCUGCACGUGAGGAAAUCCAGUGGGCCCUGGGUGAGUCUCCGCCCGGUGACGGCCCUCUGCCCCCGGGGGCCCCUGUGGCUGGAUGGGAGGCCGGGCUACGUCCUCAGACGCCCGCAUACAGCUUCGUGGGCAGAGUCUGGCACAGCAAGACUGGCGCGGGGGCUCCUCAGAACAGCAGCCUGGAGGCAAGUCCAGCAAGGGCCACAGAUGAGCCAAGGAGAGGGAGCGGGGGUCGGACCUCGAGGGACGCCUGCGGCCGUGUGUCAGCGCUUGAGCUCAGCUUCGAAUCCCAGUCCUCGAGCGCCCAACGGGCCAAGGAGGUGGGGGAGGGCGAGGGGGCCCCUGGCUGGGGAGACACCUUGGAACCCGGUGUGCUGGCCAGCAAUCAAAGCGUCAAACCAGACGUGAGAAGAUCAGGGUCAUCUGGGAGCAGUCAAGGCCCCUCCACACCUCCAGCGUCGGUGGCUCGAGCCCAGGAAGGGGUUGAGGCUCAGCUCGAAGGGUUCGAGCCCCAGGGGUCGGUCGAGUCGGAGGAGCCUCAGGGCCCUGGCCGCGGUGUGCUCCUGCAGGACUGUGAAACUGGCGUGCUCCUGCAAGACUGUGCCACCGAUGACCUUCUUCAAGACUGUCACUCUGAUGUGUUGCUUGUGGCGGACGUCUUGGCCUCUCACAGAUCUCCGUCCGGCUGCCAGAGCGAGUCUAGUACAGACACGUCAACUUCCUGGGCGUCCUCUCCCUUCGUCUCGCAUGCACAGAACAGCUGGGGGCAGCCAGACCCACUGGGACGGUGGGGCCUCCGUAGCCCCCGGAGCAAGGCGUCCGUCCACGCCGACGACGGGAGAGAGGCCUACAGGAGGCUCAGCCCGGGAGGGCGUGAGAAAUGGCUGGCAGAGCUGAAGUCCUUCCAGGCCAGUGUGAUGAGCCACCGUGCCCAGGAGGAGGACUCGGCAGAGUCCUCAAGAAGCAGCUUUGCUCAGCUCCUGCCCAAGAAGGAGGACGCUGCUCCAGAAGGCCACUUGAGAAAAAGCGUGAGGCACCUCCUGCAGUGGAUCUUUCCCAGUAAAGGCAAAGGCCCGGAAGAUCCCGGGCACAGGGGCCAGCCUGCAGCAGCCACCGCCCAGACGCAGGGGCCCGUCUCGGGCACAUCGGUUGAGGACGGCAAGUCUGCCGGGGCUCAGAUGCUCAUGACGGCCGUGGGUCGCAUCCUAGAGGAGAACCUGGUGCCUCGCCAACGACUUAGAGCCCCGGAGGUCAGCUGGCGCCAAAGGGAGCCCCAGGCGCUGGCAGGUACCGGUGUCUGCUACCACAGGGUCCUCUCCUACCAAGAGCAGAGGAGAGUGAUGAGAGAGACCGCCUGCAACCUGCAGGCCACCCCCGACGGCCACGGCUGCCCUAACGAGAACCGGUGGUGUAGAGGCAGAGACGGCAGGUGGGCCUUCGUACCCAGGAUGCCGGGGUCCCCAGACGGACCCUGCCACCACGGGCGGAUGCCGGCCAGAGCCUCGGGCCGCCCUCACCGCCCCCACUGCCCCAGGCACUGCCUCCUUCAAAACUAUGUCUCAUCCGGUCAUUCCGUGUGUGCUUCUCAUGCCUUUCUUGGGAGGACACCUUUUCUCCAAGAAAGGAUGCAUACAGUACAGAGAAAAAUGUAUUUUUCUCAGGUUAGCACAUCCUCUAUGGGCUAAUGGCUUCUUCCCGCCACAGUUUUUAUUGUUUUCCAAAAUAAAUGUUUGUUUAUCUGGGGAGA